GGCAAGGUGUACAUGUUUUUAAGUUAUUGAUAAAAAAUAAUCAAUAUGUAUAGUGUAUUAACGGCAGUGGCUCUUUUGUUUUUGUUUUGCGAUAUUAGCUACUAUAUCAGAGCGAUUGGGGUUAUUUUAUUCGGAAAACUUUACCCAAUGAAAUGCAAAAUAUCUGAAACAACAGUUCAUUAUGGCAUCUGCACAACUAGGGAUGUUGACAUAUUUUUGACGCACAUGAGUAACGCCCGGUUCCUUCGAGCGGUGGAUUUCGCCAGGCAGCACUUCUAUGAACGAACCGGCAUUUAUUCCAAACUGGCAUUUAAGAGCACGACCUUUGUGAAGGCGUCGACCAUUCGAUAUAGACGGCCAAUCGCAUUAUUCAGCCAUUAUAAAGUCGAGACCAGGAUGUUAUGCUGGGAAAAUCAGACAAUGUACCUGGAACACAAGUUCGUCACACCGAAAGACAACUUUGUGAGGGCUGUCGCUCUUUCACAAAACUACGUGGUUGGCGUUGAUUUACCUACCGCGAUGGAGGAUAUCCCCGGCGCAGAUGCCUUCAAGACUGCCCCUGAAGAAGUCACGCAGUGGUGCCAGUUUCUAGAAGCUUCGAGCGCCAGGCUUAGAAAAAAGGAUUAA